GAUCAUCCAUCAUUGUCAAAUGAACAUCCCAAUAUCGAGGCCACCCCUACCACCACAUUGAACACUUGCAGCAAUCACUUCAUUUGCUUCUCGCCCAACUCCAUCCAUGCGCUGCGCAACACUUUCGAGCUAAUGGAGGGAGCAUCCCAUGACGACCGCAGCUCAACCCACUUUUUGCUGACUCGUGACAGUGGGUGGAUGGUUGGGCCCAAACAUCGGCUGUUAUUCUGGGUUCCACCCGCUUCUCGCCACUCAUUUUAUAGCCCUCAGACUGCAUUGGUGAUACCUAGAGGAGGCGCUGAGCUUGAUUUGAGCCGCAUGGCACAUGGACAACAUUGGCAGAGGUGUCGAGACGGACCUUAGUACCAACAAUGACCGACGGAAUAGAUCCAUUAUAGAGAUUUCAGAUCCAAUUCAAACGUGAC